GUAGGUGAUGCCCUAGGCUCGAGCAAAACUCCCUUCUUUUCCAGUACGCAGCUAGCGCUUAUCCGUCUUCUUGCUGCCAUCUGAACGGUAGAGAACUCGGGCGGCGGGCUGUUCCAUCCUUUUUUCGCACCUGAAAGAUAAUCAAAGCGAACUGCUUUUUGGUUCUUUUGCGCUUCUCCCUUCUUCUACGCCUGAUCGAUUUCUUUCUCGGGUGCAGAUAUGUCAGACGACGAGACGAAGGAGGAGAUAGAGCUUGAUCUCACGUCCUCUGAUGUAGUCACCAAAUACAAGAGCGCCGCUGAGAUCGUUAACAAGGCUCUUCAUUUGGUGGUCUCCGAGUGCAAGCCGAAGGCUAAGAUAGUCGACAUUUGUGAAAAAGGCGAUGCUUUUAUUCGGGAGCAAGCAGGAAGUAUGUACAAGAAUGUGAAGAAAAAAAUUGAGAGAGGAGUUGCCUUCCCAACUUGCAUUUCUGUGAACAAUACUGUCUGCCAUUUCUCACCCAUGGGUGGUGAUGAGACAGUUUUGGAGGAGGAUGAUGUUGUGAAGAUCGAUAUGGGCUGCCAUAUAGAUGGUUUUAUUGCUGUGGUUGCGCAUACUCAUGUGCUGCAUGAAGGACCAGUAGCUGGAAGAGCAGCUGAUGUUAUUGCUGCUGCAAACACUGCGGCUGAGGUUGCCUUGAGGCUUGUGAGGCCCGGGAAGAAGAACAAGGAUGUCACAGAAGCUAUUCAAAAGGUUGCAGCUGCCUAUGAUUGCAAGGUUGUUGAAGGUGUCCUUAGUCAUCAGCUGAAGCAGUAUGUGAUUGAUGGAAACAAAGUAGUUUUAAGUGUGGGAAAUCCUGAAACCAGAGUUGAUGAUGCAGAAUUUGAGGAAAAUGAAGUAUAUGCUGUAGAUAUAGUCAUUAGUACUGGUGAUGGUAAGCCAAAACUGUUGGAUGAAAAGCAAACAACUAUUUACAAGAGAGCUGUGGACAAGAAUUAUCAUUUGAAGAUGAAGGCAUCGAGGUUCAUAUUUAGUGAAAUAAGCCAGAAGUUUCCAAUCAUGCCAUUUAGUGCAAGGGCAUUGGAAGAGAAGAGGGCUCGGCUUGGUCUGGUCGAAUGUGUAAACCAUGAUCUUUUGCAGCCAUAUCCUGUUCUCCAUGAGAAGCCUGGUGACCUUGUUGCUCAUAUUAAGUUCACAGUUUUGCUAAUGCCAAAUGGUUCGGAUAGGAUUACUUCCCAUCCUGUACAACAGCUCCAACCUACAAAAGGUAUUGAUAAUGAUUCUGAAAUCAAAACCUGGUUAGCUCUGGGAAUAAAAACCAAGAAAAAAGGUGGUGGAAAAAAGAAAAAAGGUAAGAAAAUUGAUAAUUUAACUGAAGCUGAGCUCAUGGAUGAAGAUACCGCAAAUGGCGCUGCUGCUCAGGAAUGAGAAAGCAGCAUUUUUGACUCUUUUGUUUUAUUGCUGUUUGCUCUCCAAGUCUCCAUAUUAGUUUUAUGUAUUACAUCUGGGAAAUAUUGUGCACAGAAUUGGUAUGAGAAAAUUUGGUUUUUUUUAAAAUGGAAAUGGUGAGGGUAAAAAUUAUUUGAUUUGGUAUAAUGAGUGGCCCAUCUUAGUAUGAGUUGAAUAUUUUCUUUUCAAUUUGUUAUGGAACAAGUUGAUUUGUUCAUAAAUACUUUUAGCUGUUGUUCUA